AGUGGCUAGGGAAACGAGCAAGAGCUAAGGUGGGAGAAGACAAUCCCUGCUGAAGUUGCACCAUGGACCUUCUGCACAGCGCAGGGGUCCAGGCCACCAGCUACCUCCAGGAGAACUUCAUGGGCUACCAGGACUGGUUUGUCUUCAUCUCCACAGUCGCUGACCUCAAAACUACUUUCUUUGUCUUCUUCCCCAUCUGGUUCCAGCUGAAGGAGGAAGUGGGAAUCCGACUCAUCUGGGUGGCUGUGAUCGGUGAUUGGUUGAACCUGGUUUUCAAGUGGUGAGCGCGGAGUCUAAGAAUCCUGAUCACCCCAUUUGAGGGUCAGGAACAAGUUCUCUUCUUGGUCAUAUUGCCCAGACAGAGACCACAGGGGCUCCCCUCCCCAUUCCCUGUAGUCCCACUUCUUAACCUGAGCCAGGACUCUGUCCUGGACACUGUUUUCCAGGACUAUGCAAAGUAGCAAUUUAGGUUUGGUCUGAACAUAAUGUCAAAGCUUAGCUUGAUAUUAUAAAAAGAACCCCGUUGUCCAGAUUUUGAUGCUGUUUUUCAGGGCCAGAGCAAACCAUAGUUUACUGGUUCAGAUGUGAUGGCAAACUAUGGUUUGACCCAAACUAAGAAGGAGCUAAUUAAGCUGAGCUUGUGUGGAGCGGAAAGGGGCAGGAGCAAGCAGGCAGGUCUCUUUCCAGGCCCAUUCUUGUAGUGCUAAAUCACAGCUUUGCAUUUCAUAUGAAUCCUCUCCCGGAGAAUGCCUUUGACUGCUUCCAGAAUGAAUUCCCUGCACUGCUGACCACCCACAGCCUGGGUGUGAGGAGUCAUGGAGGAGAUGGUCGAAUCCUGAAGACGAUUGGGAGGAGCUUGGGGAGUUGGAGCUGGACAAUCCUGGGUGCGGGAGGUAGAUUUGGGAUCCCGAAAAGUGUCCGAGGCUGAGGAGCAGGCUAGCAGUCAAGUGUGUGGAGAGCUAGAUCCAGAGGAACUGGAGUCAAGGAGGUUGGCAAAGGAGUGCCCUGCCCUUGUGGCAUCAGACACCCCAAGUCUCACACCUCUGUUGCCUCCUCCUGUUGGUAAGGAGCCUCUGGGGAGGAAACAGAGUAAAUAGGGUGCUCAGUUGCUUCUGACAAAACCUCCAUCUCCAAAGACACAGAGACUCUGGCAUGGGUAUGAACAGACCUAGCAAACUCAACCCAUUCCAUGCCCAUUUGCUUGCCCAUUCCUAGGACUCCCACUGCUUGCUUCACCAAUGCUGUGCCCUUCCUGCUACUCAAAAGGAAGAUGGAGGGGGCAUGUCGCUUGUUGGAUCAACAUGUCAACAUAUUAGCUUGGGUUUAGCCAUCUAUCUAGAGCAGGGGUAGGCAACCUAAGGCCCAAUCGCCAUCUCAAUCCGGCCUGCGGACUGUCCGGGAAUCAGCGUGUUUCUACAUGAGUAGAAUGUGUCCUUUUAUUUAAAAUGCAUCUCUGGGUUAUUUGUGGGGCCUGCCUGGUGUUUUUACAUGAGUAGGAUGUGUGCUUUUAUUUAAAAUGCAUCUCUGGGUUAUUUGUGGGGCAUAGGAAUUCGUUCAUUUCCCCCCCAAAAAAAUAUACUCCGGCCCACCACAUGGUCUGAGGGACGGUGGACCGGCCCAUGGCUGAAAAAGGUUCCUGACCCCUGAUCUAGAGUUCUUAUGUACCGGCUGCACCUUAUAAGCUGCGCCUUGCCUAGUUACCGAUCUGAUUUACGUUUUAAAACCUUCGUCGGAAACUGGACUGGGAGUUUGACUUCUCCGUCCGGUGGCAAGGGCCAGGGCAGUUGUGGGGUAAUCAAACUUUCUUUCUUUUCUUUUCUUUUUUGGAAAGGAAGCACUCCUUGGUUCACUUGCUUGAGUAAUAUGGAAUAAUUUAUUUGUUCUGUAGGUGCUUUCCCAUCUCAUGGUCUGGACAUUGUAAGUGGCUCUGGGGAGAAGUUUUGCCUUUGUGUCAGGAAGGAGACUGAAUUAUCUUUGGUACUUUCAAACACUGUGAUUCUAUGAAUCCUCCAUUUCCAGAAUUUGCCCUAAAAAGGCAAAUCAUGGGAUUGUGAUUAACUUAAGAAGUAGCCAAAUGUACAUAAUUUUCUUUGAUUUUCCUCCUUUUUCCCUCUCCCCCUCCCUUUCUUUUUCUUCUUUUUGCAAAAUGCAGUUUUAUUUUGUAGAAUUAAAUGAAAAUUGCUUCAUCAUGGAUUGGCGAUUCAGAUUUCUGAUAGUUGUUUGAUGGUUUUUAAACAUGGAUAGGCUACCUUUCUAUUAAAAUACUAUUCAAAGGGCUUUCAAAGAAUUUUAAAAACCAUCUAAGAACAACAAAGAGAAGCACAGGUAACUCAGAAUAAAGGUAUUUUUUAAAUUUAAAAGAUCUCAAUAAAUAAAAUCAGGAAUUAAAAACUGUAGCAAGGAAUUAAAAAUGAAAGCAAUAUUAAUUAAAUGUGAAUGUCUAUAAGAGGAAGAGAGAGGGAGAGGAAAUGUGGCAGGGAACUAGAAGUCUUGAGUACAAAAUAAUCACACCAGUCUUUUCCAGUUCCUGAAGCCUUUAACAUUAGGAUGCAAGUUUGUUAUUACUCUGAAAACAUGGAAGGCUAGGUUUUUGUUUUUCUUCUGAGAUGGAUUUACUGAGGUAACUGGAAUAGGCAGUGGCAAUUUCUUGCCUCCUAGCCGAUCUUACAUCUUCUGGUUUCUGGGGGCCCAACCACCACUCCUUAAUCUUCCCUCCUUACAGGAUCCUGUUUGGACAGAGACCUUACUGGUGGGUACGUGAGACCGAUUACUAUGGCACCGCAACACGCCCUGCGAUCCAGCAGUUUCCCAUCACCUGCGAAACUGGCCCAGGUGAGGUUGAAGCUCUUCUCCCUCUGCUUUCUUUAAGUGGCUGUAAGACCUCCCCCUUUCAUUUACACUUGUGUCUCUCCCCUCCAGGCAGCCCCUCUGGUCACGCCAUGGGGUCUUCUGGGGUCUACUAUGUCAUGGUGACAGCCCUGCUGUCGCAACUCUUGCCGCUGCAGAGAGAGACCUUGGCUGCCAGGUGAGGCCCCUGCUCUCAACCUGCACCAACACUAUUAACAAAAUAAAAAUAAAAAUUCCUUCCAGUAGCACGUUAGAGACCAACGAAGUUUGUUAUUGGUAUGAGCUUUCGUGUGCAUGCACACUUCUUCAGAUACACCUAAACAGAAGUCACCAGACCCUUAUAUAUAGUGAGAGGGUGGGGAUGGGUAUUACUCAGAAGGGUGGUGGGAAUGGGUGAUUGGCCGAUAGGUGUGGUAAACCUGUUGACGACUGCAAUUGGUCUUACAGGAAAAAGCAAGGGGUAAGAUGGCUCAAAAUAGCUUUAUCAUGUAUAAUGAGAUAAGAAUCCAAUGUCUCUAUUCAGACCAAGUCUCUCCAUGGUUUUAAGUUUGGUAAUAAGUUGCAAUUCAGCAACUUCUCUUUCCAGUCUAUUUCUGAUUUUAGUUUAGUUUAGUUUAGUUUAGUUUUUAGUUUAGUUUAGUUUAGACUACGGCAGACCAACACGGCUGUACAGACCAACCUGUAACUAGAACCAUCAAUAUUAGUAUACCACCCUAUACAUGCAGGUCUCAGAUGUUCAGAACAGCUGGGACCUUACUUUUAGGAAGACAAUGUGAUGCUAUCUCAACAGGAGAGCAUCUCAGAACAAUUUUGCUCCUCCAUACUUCCAAGGAGACAAGAACUGCUGCCCCCGGGGUGUAAUGACAAUCUAGUGCAAAUACUGUUAAUGGGUGGUUCCCUAGACCAGAUGGAUGGGAGGUUGCCUGCUCUUGAUGGGGUUACGCUCCCUCUGAAGGAGUGGGUACACAGUUUGGGGGCGCUUCUGGAGCCUUUGCUGUUACUUGAGGCUCAGGUGGCCUUAAUGGCUCGGAGUUCCUUCCAUCAGCUUCGACUGGUGGCCCAGCUAUGCCCCACCUGGACAGGGAUAACGUAACUUCUAUGGUCUACGCUCUUGUAACGUCAAGGUUAGAUUACUGAAACACGUUAUAUGUAAGGCUGCCUCUGAAGACGACUCGGAAACUUCAGCUGGUGCAGAAUUCAGCAGCCAGGUUGCUCACGGUUUGAGCAUAUUACACCGAUCCUGGCCUGACUGUACUGAAUGCCAAUUAGUUUCAAUUCAAAGUGCUGGUUUUGACCUAUAAAGCCUUAAACAGCUCAGGACCACAAUAUCUCAAGGACCGCCUCUCUCCAUAUGAACCUACCCAGACCCUGAGAUCAUAAUCUUAGGCCCUUGUACAUGUGCCUCCUCCAUGAGAGCUCUAGAGAGUGGCAAUACGAGAGCAGGGCCUUUUCAGUGGUAGCUCCCCAUUUGUGGAAUGCUCUCCCCUGGGAGGCUCACCUGGCGCCUUCAUUACAUAUCUUUAGGAGCCAGGCAAAAACAUCCCUUUAUCCCCAAUUGAGCAAUCUAUGGCAUUUUAAAUGUGUUUAUGGGAGGGGGUAGGGGAAAGGGGGGAGGUUGUUUUGUUAUUGUUUAUAUUAUAUGUUAUGUGUUUUAUAUUGUAUUUUUAUGCUGUGAACCACCCUGAGAUCUGCGGAUUAAGGGUGAUAUACAAAUUUAAUCAAUAAUAACAAUAAUGUUAAUGGCAGUACAAUAUAGAAAAAUGGAAAGAUAUGAAGGCUGUCAGUCUGCCACAGGGUGAAUUGGUCAGAGCCCUGAUAAGUUAGCAUUUAAGAUAAUUGCAAUUAAACAUUACCUCAGCAAAAGGGGGGGGUUUCUUUUUUUAAUAGCCUCUACAUUGCCUUUCUAUGCAAAAUCUCGCUUCAACGUGUCUUUGAAUUUCAGCUUACUGAAAUUCUGUCCAGUUUUGGAAUAUUGGGAAUAUUUAUGAGCAGGAUGAGACAUCCUGCUGUACCACUCCUCCCAUGAGCCACAGCCAGCUUGGGCAAUGGUGAGGGAUGCUGUAGUCCAGCAAGAUAGAGAGGAAUAAGGUCCACUAUCCCUGCUUUUUGAAGGGUCUGUUGAGUAGAUCAUCUUAAAACCAUCCCAUGGUAAAUUCACACAAAUUGUGGGAUGCAGCCUUUGACCGCAGUGGUUGUGGGAGACAAGUUCGCUGUCAGGGGCUGAGACUGAGGAGGAAUGGUGAGGGCCCUCCCUUUCUCCUGAACCUCCCCAAGAACAGGAGGACAGUAUAGAUUUAGAACAGUGGUUUGCAGAAGGUCACAGUUCAGAGGCUGCAGAGUGGAGAAGCUGAGAAAUACUGGGGGAGCAGCAGGAAGAAGCAGCACCAGGGAAGAGACAGCUGACAGACUCAAAAGCAUUCCUGACCCCCCUCUCCAGGACCAGAUGAGCAUUGAGGGUAGUAGAACAAAAAGCUCAGAAGCAGAAAGCUAUUAGCCGGCACGGGGUUACGUAGAAUAGGAGAGACGUAGGGGGUGGGACUUUACUUGGAGCAAUGCCAUUAUCUAGGGGAGACCGCAUUCCUUCGUCUCUCUCUGUGACUACUGAAUAUAUUACUUGGUAAGAACUCCUGAUUUCUCUGCUUCUUGGCUGCCACUGGGGGAGGGACUGAAUUCCCUGAAGCCUGACAUUUGCUGACUCUUGCCAUUAGGCUGUGGCUACAGAACUGGCUUUCUCAAGCAAGGCAAUCUUUUCCUCAGCAAGAGAGAGAGAGAGAGGAAUCGUGGCUCUAGAUCUCAAAGAUUUAGAUCAGCCUUUCUCAACCUGUGGGCCCCCAGAUGUUGUUGGACUACAACUCCCAUCACCGCUAGCUAGCAAGGCCAGAGCUCAGGGAUGAUGGGAGUUGUAGUCCAACAACAUCUGGGGGCCCACAGGUUGAGAACCGCUGAUUUAGAUGGUGGCGUGGUAAGAUAAUUCCUGCUUUUGCUCUGGUCUGAACAAGUCCCCCUCACUCCCAGGUGUCUGCGUGGUCUCCUCUGGGCGGGAUUCUGGACUGUGCAGGUCUGCGUCUGCUUAUCUAGAGUCUUCCUCGCUGCACACUUCCCACACCAAGUGAUCUCAGGUGUGAUCUCGGGUGAGUUUUUCCUAGGCUUUUAGCUGCACAACGAAAUUUCUGCGCACCAGCGAAGAGGCCUUUAUGCACUAGAAACAGAAGACGGUUAGAAGGUGUGUGUGUACUGGCCUCGGUCCAGUAUACCUGAAGGAGCGUCUCCACCCCCAUCGUUCUGCCCGGACACUGAGGUCCAGCCCCGAGGGCCUUCUGAUGGUUUCCUCACUGUGAGAAGCCAAGUUACAGGGAACCAGGCAGAGGGCCUUCUCAGUAGUGGCGCCCACCCUGUGGAACGCCCUCCCUUCAGAUGUGAAGGCAGCCCUGUUUAGGGAAGCUUUUAAUGUUUAAUAGACUACUGUAUUUUAACAUUCUGUUGGAAGCCACCCAGAGUGGCUGGGGAAACCCAGCCAGAUGGUAUAAAUAAUAACAAUAAAUUAUUAUUAUUAUUAUUAUUAUUAUUAUUAUUAUUAUUAUUUUAUUAUAGAGUCAAACAAUAUGCAUGUUGCUAACAUUUGUCUUGGGUCACAGAAUCAUAGGGUUGGGAGGGACCCAAAGGAGUCAAACGCCCAGCAAUGCACGAAUAUGCAGUUGUCCCAUACAGAGAUUGAACCAGCAACCUUGGAUCCAGGUUGAUCUUUGACUGGAGUCAGGAGGAAAUAAUUUUACCCCAGGCCAAAUUGAAUAUUGUUGUUGGUGACUUGUAACCUUGCUCUCUGCUGUGAUAUGUGUGGCAUGCUUUGCUUGUAGGAAUCAUCUGGAACCACCGCUGUAUAAUGCUCUCCCCAGGGACACCUGCCUGGCGCCAUUCCUUUGGCACCACACAAAUGAUUUUUGUUUUCCUGGGAAUUUGGGCAGUGCCAAUUAUAUCAUAGGGACAUGGGUGGCACUGUGGGUUAAACCACAGAGCCUAGGACUUGCUGAUCAGAAGGUCGGCGGUUCAAAUCCCCACGACGGGGUGAGCUCCCGUUGCUCGGUCCCUGCUCCUGCCCACCUAGCAGUUCGAAAGCACGUCAAAGUGCAAGUAGAUAAAUAGGUACCGCUCCGGCAGGAAGGUAAACGGCGUUUCCAUGCGAUGCUCUGGUUCGCCAGAAGCGGCUUAGUCAUGCUGGCCACAUGACCCGGAAGCUGUAUGCCGGCUCCCUCGGCCAAUAAAGCGAGAUGAGCACUGCAACCCCAGAGUCGGUCACAACUGGACCUAAUGGUCAGGGGUCCCUUUACCUUUUUUGGACCCUUGUGGGCACCCCAUGUCCAGGUUCAAGGAGACACAGAUGGGCCGCGCAUAGCAUUUGAUAACCAAUGCUUUGAUGCACUAAAUGGCCAACUGCUUAUUCUCUAAAGUUCAACUCCCACUCAGCCCUGUAUCCACAACUCUGAAGGGAGAGGCGUUGUGUGGAUGCGUUUGUGGAUAUUCCGGCUAAACAGAACCGUCUCCCCCCUCCUCAGGGAUGCUGGUGGCAGUGUUCUUUGAGCACGUCCGCUCCAUCUACAACGCCAGCCUGAGGAGAUACGUGGGCACCACUUUCUUCCUCUUUGGCUUUGCCCUGGGCUUCUACCUGCUGCUCAAGAUGCUGGGGGUGGACCUCCUGUGGACGCUGGAGAAGGCCCACAAGUGGUGCGAGCGGCCAGAGUGGGUCCAUAUCGACACGACGCCCUUUGCCAGCCUGCUUCGCAACCUGGGCAUCCUGUUGGGCCUGGGACUCGGCCUCAACUCUCCAAUGUACGCGCAGAGCUGCAAAGGGAAGCGAAGGCAGUGGCUGGCCUUCCGCCUCAGCUGCAUCGUUUGCUCCCUGUCCGUCCUGCACCUGUUUGAUUCCUUCGAGCUGCCCACCGACAGGGAGAACUUGUUCUACAUCCUCUCCUUCUGCAGGAACACCUGCGCUCACAUCUGUGCUGUGGCGCUGAUCCCCUACUGCAUCUCCUGGCUCUUCCGGCAGACAAAGAAAGACGCAUAGGGGGCAGAAAGUUUGGAACGCAGCCUUCUUGGACGUGGUUCCCCUGUUCCUGCUCUUGCAAGGGCCCUUGGGACUCGGGGCUAAAGCUUUACAAAACUUAGGAACGUUGCCAACUCUUUUGUGGGAGAUGCAACCGAGCUCCUCUACAGAUCGAUGAAUACGAGCUCCCACAGGUUAGCAUCAAGAGCAUUCUGACAUCCAGGCAGGAACAGCACCAAGAUACAGUGGUACCUCUGGUUACAUAUGCUUCAGGUUACAUACGCUUCAGGUUACAGACUCCGCUAACCCAGAAAUAGUACCUCGGGUUAAGAACUUUGCUUCAGGAUGAGAACAAAUCGUGCUCCGGCGGCAGGGCGGCAGCAGGAGGCCCCAUUAGCUAAAGUGGUGCUUCAGGUUAAGAACGGACCUCCGGAACGAAUUAAGUUCUUAACCCGAGGUACCACUGUACAUAGAAAGCUGCCUUACAUCAAACCAUACUGUUGGUCCAUCUAGACUGGCAGCGGAUCUCCAGGAUUACAGGCAAGGUUCUCUCCCAGCCCCACGGUGACAGGUGUAAAUGUGUGUUGUGGAAAAAAAUCUUCAGAGUCCAAACUUGAACAGAAAGAUAGAUGAAGCUCCUUUCUGUUUUAAAGCGAGCUGGGGGUAUCUUGGGCAUUCAAUAGUAGUUUUUGCUGCAACCGAUUGUUCUUUCUGCUCUCUGUUCUGGUGCCUUCUCUUGGGUUUCUUCCUGUCUCUCACUUUGAAUGUAUACACGCUUCUCCUUAUUUGUCCCUAUUCCUCUACCAGCCACAAGUCUCAGUCUUUCCUCUUUGUCAUCUCACUUCAGUCUUGGAUAUCUGCAUUUUGCCCUCUGUUCCAAUUUAGUCUUGUGGGUUUUGUGGAUGAUUAUUCCUAACAUGCCUUCCAUUGGCACAAUAUAGGUAGAAGACCCAAGUCUCUCUGGUAAUGGUGGGUGUGUGGCUUUCUUAUGUUAAAGGAUGUCUUUUACUAGCAAUACAACCCUAAGCAAACUUUCCAGGAAAUGAAUCAAUGCACUGUCAUAUUGCUCAAGAAACAAAGUCACGUACAGUGGUACCUCGAAUUACAGACGCUUCAGGUUACAGACGCUUCAGGUUACAGACUCCGCUAACCCAGAAAUAGUACCUUGGGUUAAAAACUUUGCUUCAGGAUGAGAAUAGAAAUUGCGCAGCGGUGGCGGGAGGCCCCAUUAGCUAAAGUGGUACCCCAGGUUCAGAACAGUUUCAGGUUAAGAACGGACCUCUGGAACGAAUUAAGUACUUAACCCGAGGUACCACUGUAUUCAACAACUUCUAGGUUAGCAAGAAAACUCUGGCAGACAGUAGUAAAGGUAAAGGGACCCCUGACCAUUAGGUCCAGUCGUGACCGACUCUGGGCUUGCGACGCUCAUCUCGCUUUAUUGGCCGAGGGAGCCGGCGUACAGCUUCCGGGUCAUGUGGCCAGCAUGACUAAGCUGCUUCUGGCAAACCAGAGCAGCGCACGGAAACGCCGUUUACCUUCCCACCGGAGUGGUACCUAUUUAUCUACUUGCACUUUGACGUGCUUUCUUUUCUUUCUUUUUUUAAUAAUUUUUAUUAAAUUUCAUAUUUCCAAAUUAAACACAUCAAAUCAAUUUGUCCAAAUUACAACAAUACAUAUCAUAUAAUCCAAUUGUUUUCCAAAUUAUAAAUUUUUGUGGGGGGUACCCAUGCUUCUUGAUUGGCAGGAGUCCAAUCCUCGAAUAUUUGUUCUGCUUCCAUAUUAAGAAUGAUGUUUCCAGUUUCCUCUUCUCAAAACUUGUCAUUACUCAUUUUCCUUUCCAUUUUCCUCCGAUAUGCUCCGCAAGUGGGUUGAAAAAGACAGUCUUAUUUGUAUUUCUGUGUGGGCUUUGUGCUGCUCUUUCGUAAAUCACUCUCCUCCAACAGUCCUUUCCGCUCGAGCGAGUAAUCGCCAUUUUUGUCGUUCCGAUGAAAUACAGUCUAGAAACUCGCUCUUUAGCUUUUCCGACCUGUUGCAUCGUAAAUUAGUCUUUUUGCAGGAGGGCUGCCUCUUCCAGUUCACAAUCUCCUCGAAAAUAAUAUAUCUUCGGCUUGCUCUCCCCAAGACCAACUCCAGCAACACAGGUCUCUUAUCAAGUUUCCAUUCUUACUGCGUCACAAGAGAGAGCCCUUCUUCUUUCCAAAUCCUUCACAGAGUAAAACCUUUAAGUUCAUAAUUAUUCCCACACAAUUCAUUUUUAGUCCCAUUUGCAAUUAAUUUCUGAGACAGAUCUUCAGGGGGAGGGUUAUUAAUAAUCACAUAGAGCAAAAGAAAUAAAAAGUCGUUUCCCCCCCCUUAGUUCCGGCAUUCCAAUCCACAUACCAUAUUUGUAGUACUUUGAUGUAAUCUUCCAUCUCAGUCCGUCUCAGUCUUCUUCCUUUCAGUGGUAAAAUUGUUAGCAGAUAAAAACCUCCUGCCUCUCUUGAAGCAUGUGCGUUAUCUUUCACCAAUUUUUUUCCUUUUAAGUAACGCAACUAGUUUCGCUCCUGGAAGUAGCUUCGGAGGAGUUCCGAGGCCCGCCGAGGGUUGUGCACCCAGUGCCUCACCCCCUCCUUCUUCCGAACUCGGGGGUGAUUUAUGGCAACAGCGGGUGAAAACGGCAUCUCUCCCCCCUGGAGAGAUGAAGGGAGACUGAUAUACUCCCCAUAAUCAGCCUCUAAUUACCUCGUGCGAGCUGGAUAGAUGUUAAUAUCCGCCAUCUUCCAAGGCGCCCCCUAGCGGCCCCUCACUUUGACGUGCUUUCAAACUGCUAGGUUGGCAGGAGCAGGGACUGAGCUGUGCUUAAUGCCCAAACAUAUCUGACUCCCUCCUGACAGUGGGGCGGUCCUUGGUGAGGUUUACUCCUCCAUAAGCACAUUUUAAGAUACAAACAUCUAGCACUGUCUGCCUUUGGGGCACCUUGAGUGUAGUGUGCAGGGAGCCUCCAGAGGCCCAGCUGAAGUGGUCAAAAAGAAAGAGAAAAGAAGUAGCAAACACC